UGGAGGGAGCUGGGGAGGGUACGGCGGCGAGGGCGGGGCUAGGCCCUGUGUUUUGAACGACUCUAUGCGGUUGGCUCACUAUUUGGCAGGAAGGUGAGGAGGCCUCUGUACUGGCGGCUGAGCUUGCGUAGGGAGAGGGGGAUCCAAAUGUGGCAGAGGCGAGCAGGAGGCAGCGGUGGCGACGGUGGAGGGGUGCAAACAAGACAAGGGGAGCGGCCGUCCACGCUGCCGCCGCGGAGGAGCUGAGCGGCCCGGCGAGGCAGUGAGGGCUGCGGCGGCAGCGCUGGCAUCCUUGGGCCGCCCGCCUGGCACCCCCGGGCGCCCGUCCCGGCGGCAGUGUGUCUUCUACAUUUGAGGAAGAACAAAUUCAUGAUUGAAUAGUGAAUUAAGUAGCUGUUUCUCUUUGAAGAUAACCUGAGAAUUGGGAAGAACUGGAUUUUCACCCUAGUCCAGCAGCUUUGCUGCUCACUUAAACACAGAUGAAUGAAGACCCCAUUUGGAAAAUCGCCAGGUCAGCGAUCCAGAGCUGAUGCAGGUCAUGCAGGAGUCUCUGCCAGCAUGAUGAAGAAAAGAACUUCCCACAAAAAGCACAGAAACAAUGUGGGACCAAGCAAACCUAUUUCUCAGCCACGAAGAAACAUUGUAGGCUGCAGAAUACAGCAUGGAUGGAAAGAAGGGAGUGGACCUGUAACACAGUGGAAGGGCACAGUUCUUGACCAAGUUCCUGUAAAUCCCUCUCUUUAUCUUAUAAAGUAUGAUGGAUUUGAUUGUGUAUAUGGACUAGAGCUGCACAAAGAUGAAAGAGUUUCUGCACUUGAAGUCCUUCCAGACAGAGUUGCUUCAUCUCGAAUUAGUGAUGCCCAUCUGGCAGACACAAUGAUUGGCAAAGCUGUGGAACAUAUGUUUGAGACAGAAGAUGGCUCAAAAGAUGAAUGGAGGGGGAUGGUCUUGGCUCGAGCUCCUAUUAUGAACACAUGGUUUUAUAUUACCUAUGAGAAAGAUCCUGUCUUGUACAUGUACCAACUCUUAGAUGAUUAUAAAGAGGGAGACCUUCGCAUUAUGCCUGAUUCAAAUGAUUCACCUCCUGCAGAACGGGAACCAGGUGAAGUUGUGGACAGCCUGGUAGGCAAACAAGUGGAAUAUGCCAAAGAAGAUGGCUCAAAACGGACUGGCAUGGUCAUUCAUCAAGUUGAAGCCAAACCAUCUGUCUAUUUCAUCAAGUUUGAUGAUGAUUUCCAUAUUUAUGUCUACGAUUUGGUGAAGACAUCCUAGACAUCAUUGUGAACUCUGCCAAAUUUGUGGAACUGUUAAAUGUAAAAUUUGUAGACAAAAAGACUUGACUGCUUUCCAGUUUAAUGAAAGCUUACAUGUCCCUGCGAACCCACAAUCUCUGCCAGCAAAACUGUUUUGUUCUGAAUAAUAGGAAAAAAAUUAUGUGAACAUGACACAUUUUGUGUAGGAGAACUCCUUUUCUUGGAGGAAGUCAGUAUAUCUGGACAGGAGUGAGUUAAAAGCAAAAAACAGCUGCAAAUUCAGGCUGUAUAAAGUUGAUCUAGUAUUGUAAUCCUUAAUCUAAUUUUUUUCAUAGAUUUUAACUUUCUUCAACUUUGCACUCACCUCAUGCAAGUGUAGUUUGAUAUUUUGAUAUGCCUUCUUUUGUAACAUUAAAUUUAAUUUCUUGGCUACUGGCAGUCCUUGUUUUUAGGGUUGGGACAGAGUUGUUGUUACUGAAAGGUUUGAAUGAUUUGUGCAGCAUUAAGGAGUGCCUAACCCAAGUAACAUCAGUCUGCUGUGUUUCUACACUUUUUUUUAAAUACAGCUUCUUAAGAAUUUGUAGUACAUGGAAAUACUUGCGCAUUUUUAGUAGUCACAUGGCUGUAGAAUAUCAAGUGUUUGACUUGCACCUUUCAGUGAAAAGUCUUUAAACUAUAAAAAUGUAUUUAAUCUGUAUAACCAGUUAACUAGAAAAUGCAAGCUUAAUAGCCCGUAUUUACAAGUUGUAGGAACCAGUAAAAUACAUGCAACAAGGCUGCCUUCAGUCCUAAAUGUUGUACUUCUUUAUUUGUUCAUUACACUCUUAGCAAAACACAAGUGCUUGGUGCCAUGAGUUUAACAGUAUACAUAUGCUACUUUGGAAGACUUUAGACUACACAUUGGCAAUCAGUAGUCUCUCAUGUAAUACCAAAAUCUAGCAACCUGAAUGUGUGGAUUAGAUGCCUAACAAUAGUUAUAUUUUACUGUGGUAAAUACAGUCUCAAGGGGGAUAGAGGGUACAGGAGUCAUUUUUUAUUGAAGACAUAACGGUAGAGAUGGAGAGGCAUUUGUUGCCUUCUACUCAGUCUGUUGCAUUCUGUUGUUUGCUUGAUUUUUUGUUUGUUUGUUUUCUUCUUUGAUUUGUUUGUUUGUAACUAUUUUGAUUAAAAAAGGACCCUUCACAGCUUAAUUUUUUUUUGGCUUUUCCACAUAAGGAGUGUCCAGACAAAUCUACGGCUUAAAUCUGUUGUUGCCUUUUGUGGUGUAGAUUGUACUUACUUUGAGAUAUGCUGUUACUUGAAUUUCAUUCUGUGAACACUACAGUUCUGCAUGCCAGUGGUGUGCUGUCUCAUGGAAGCUACAGGCAGUCUCAGUGGUUCAGCCAUCUGCAUUAGAUUGUGGAAGUACCUAGUAGCCCACAGCAGCAAAAUCCUUUCACAGUUUUAAUCUUGCAGGAUAGUUGCAAAUUAAGAUUAGGGUUUUUGGUGGGGUGGGAUUUUUUUUUAGUUGUUGUUGUUGUUGUUGUUUUGUUUUGUUUUUUGUUCUUGCAAGUGUGGCAGCUUUUGAAAGCAUAAGAAUGGCAACAACAAUCAGCACAGAAACAAAAUUGUCAUGUUACACUAAGGCAGAACUCUGCAAGUUUCCAAGAACUGCUUCAUGGAAGGGCAGUUUUGUGGUGACAGUGCUGUUGAUGGAACAUGUACUCUGAAAUCCUUCCUUAUGCCAUUAGUGGAAGGAUACAGGAGAGAUGCUGUUAAUCAGAGAUCAUAGGUCUGUGUGAUCUCAGAUUUGGGAGUACCGAAGACUUGGUGGUUUAAGCCCCUUUCUGUCCAUUUUUUUGCCUGAUUUCAUAUUUUAGCCUUAAGGCUUGUGCCUCAUUUUGCUGUUGAAUGGUAACAAAUACUCACCAUAUAAGUAUGAUACCUUAAUUCUUCCUCCAUUGCUUUUAUAUUGCAUUAUGUCUGGUUAUUUCAUCAUGGGCAACCAAAGGCAGGCUAUUGUCUCAUAGUGAAUAGUUUUUCAAUGCAGUCCUUAAGCACUAAGUAAAACUGAGUAAAUAUUCCUUAUCUUUUGAACAAAGUGAGCAGAUUUGCAACACAGUGUUUUCAUCCUGCAGAUCUGUUAUAUGUGUUUUCUAUUGACUCUUAAGAGUCCUGCAUGUAAAUCUCAAAGCUGAGCCUGGCUCCAUGAGCCCAAGUUGAUAUUUCUGGCACAAGAAUGAGUGAGUGUAUUGAUGACACACAAGACGUACGAAUAACUUAGUACACUGAGUGUGGGGCUAUACAUCUGAGGAGUACGAAGUUUGUUUUGAAAGAUCCAAGGAUUAGAUCUACUAGAACACUUUUAGCAUUAGGCUUGCAUUUGUGGGUUGUCUACAAGCCACUUUAAUACACCACAUAUUCUGCCAAUUAGAGUAUAAUCUAUAAACUGUAAAUUUUAUGGUUGUUUUUAGAUGUCCCCAUUGGCUACUGUAUGGGUAUUUCUUUUAAUCUUUUCUUCUUUCCACUUUCUUUUGUUCCUUUUUUUUUUUUCAGUAGCUUAAACCACCUUUUUGAGGCUUGACACUAAUUCCACUCCCUGCCCAUCUUCUUUGGGCUUUGUUUUAGGCUGGCUCAUGUUUCAGAUCUGCAUGCAGUGCUUGCGUUACCCUGGUAACUAAAUGUUGGUUCCUUGUUCUAGGGGUUCAACAUUACUUUCCAAAAGUACGUGGGGCCCGUGAUGGCACAGGCCAUGGAUCUUUGUAUAAAAAUUAUUGGCCUUUCACAUUUACCUGCUGUAGUACUGUUGUAUAUUGUGUGUGUGUGCGUGUGUGAUGUCAGGCUGCCAUGUAAAACUUUUUAAAAGGAAAAAAAGUUAAAUGCAGACCAUCAUUUUUUGCAUGCUUAGAGGGUUAGAACGUUCAGUGUAACAAACUAAGGUUGCAUGUUAAAAAUGUUUAGGUUUUGGUUUUGUUCUGUUUUUAUUUUGUGUUCAGUUUUUUGUGAAUUUGCUUAUUGUGCUGUUUUAAUGGUUGUUAGUAGGAUUAAAUGCACCGGUGAGACAAGCAUAGUGCCAACAGAAGGUAAUUUUUCCAGUUGUAUGUGUCAUACAGCAUUUAAAGGGACCGUUUAUUCUGUUAACAAAUAAAUAAAGUCACACCAGUAAAACACUGCAUUUUUCCUUUGAGUGCCAAAUUCUUAAGCUAAGGAAUAAAGUAUGGGAAAAUCCCCUCUUAUUGAAACUAGUAGAUGAUUUAAUUUAAAAAAGAAUUAAAAAUGAAGUCUUUCUCUUCAGAUAAAAUUUAUUGGUUGCAUAUGUAAAAAGAAUGAUAGUAAAAGCAGCGUCUGGUUCCUUGAAAAUGCUGUGUUUUUUGUAUUUUACAUCAUUUGUGCAAUUUGGAUGGAUCUUGGUAUGUGUAUAGUUCAAAGGUCUUCGUGUUCACAUUUUAAAAUUAGGUAAUGACUUCAUCUUUAUAGCUUUUUUUUUUUUUUUUUUUUUUUUGUUGUUGUUGUUUAUUUUUUUGUUUGGUUGGUUUUUUUGUUUUUGAACAAUGUAGACAGUUCCCUGUUCUCUGCAUUUAGAAGUAUAAACACUUUAAAUCUGUUACUUAAUUCUGUAAGUAAUUUUUAUAAUUAUGAUGUAACUCUAUCCUUAAAACAUUUAAAAUAAACCCUUUAUGUGCAACUUACGACUAUAAGCUCUGUUCUCGUGAACAAAAUGUAGUGAUUUGUUUUCAGAUUGCAAAGAAGCAGUUCUACAGUUUUCUAAUCAGUGCUGAGCAAUGUAUUCUGACCUUAUGAAAUAGGAUUACUUGCAAAGCUAAAUUUUUUUUUUUUGGCUGAAGAUGAAGUAUAGUGUUUAAAUUGUAUUUUACAAACACAGAAAAAUGCCCAUUUGGGGGACUGCACAGUGCACUUGUGAAGAGGCAUUUAUUUUCAGAGCACACCAAGAAGAAUUUCAGUGGUGGGAAAAUGCAAAAGCAUUUGGUAGUUGUUAGGUGAUAUAUUUGUCUGCUUUGACUUACUUUGUUUAAUUUUUGUUGUUGUUGUUAGUUCUGUUUUGUCUUUUAAUUACUAAGAAGAUCCAAAACAACAAGGUAACAAGUAGUAAAUACCAUCAUGAUGCUGCAAUUUUUCUUAAGCAACAGGAGCUUAACACUACUAUAUGAGGACUUUAUUCUUUUAUGUUAGUAAAGAUGAAUUACCAAGACAGACCAUCCAUGUUGAAUCUUUAUUUUUCCCUCAGAGUGGCAAGUAUUGUUCAGAUACCCUGAAAUACAUGUUUUGUCACCAAAUUUAGAAAGCUCAUUAGAUGUAGGCUGAAGAUCUGUAUGUAGCAUGCUAGCAUGCAGUUAGGAUGAAUACCCAAGCCUCUUCUAUUCACCUAGUUCUUUCCUUAUUAUAUCAUGUUGCAUGAAAGACUGGUCCCUCUGUAUAUUGUAUACCUCUGCAAAUUAGGAGGAUCUAAGACUGCUUAGCAGAAGCAUCACAUUCGUGUACUAAAUGUUAAUCUGCAUGAGCUGCCUACAUUAAAUUGUGGUGAAAAGAUAUAAA